GGGGCGGCCGGCUGCCGUUCCCGGCGCGGGCAGCUAGAGAGCAGUGCAGGGAGGGAAAUCCCGGCCCUGGGAGCUCCCUUCCUGUCGGGGGCGGCUCCGGGACGGAGGCGGUGAGAGGAGCCGAGCGGCUGAGGCCCCGGGCCGCCUGCCCUCCCGCCCUCGCCUCUUCUCGUCUCUCAUGGCGGAGACUAAAAUUAUUUACCACAUAGACGAGGAGGAGACCCCUUACCUGGUGAAGCUGCCCGUCCCGCCGGAAAAAGUCACUCUGGCCGAUUUCAAAAAUGUCCUCAGCAACCGGCCCGUCCACAGCUACAAGUUCUUCUUCAAGUCGAUGGACCAGGAUUUCGGGGUGGUAAAGGAGGAGAUUUCAGAUGACAAUGCAAAGCUGCCCUGCUUCAAUGGAAGAGUGGUGUCCUGGCUGGUCCUGGCUGAAGGCUCCCACUCUGACACAGGCUCCCAGUGCACCGAGAGCCACACGGACCUUCCGCCACCCAUCGAGAGAACAGGCGGCAUCGGCGACUCCCGCCCUCCGUCCUUCCACCCCAAUGCUGCCAGCAGCCGGGAUGGCCUGGACAAUGAGACAGGAACAGAGUCAGUCAUUAGUCACCGGCGAGACAGACACCGACGGAGAAAUAGAGAAGGACAUGAGGAUGUCCCUCGGAUCAAUGGGCACCCGAAGCUGGACAGGCACCGCGAGCACCCUCCUGGCUACGACAGCUCCUCCACCAUGCUGAGCAGUGAGCUGGAGUCCAGCAGCUUCAUUGACUCUGAUGAUGAUGACAACACAAGCAGGUUGAGUAGCUCCACUGAGCAAAGCACUUCAUCCCGGCUCAUACGGAAGCAUAAACGCAGGAGGAGGAAACAAAGGAUGCGGCAGAUUGACAGGUCGUCUUCGUUCAGCAGCAUCACUGAUUCUACCAUGUCCCUAAAUAUCAUCACUGUCACACUCAACAUGGAAAAAUAUAACUUCCUGGGAAUCAGCAUUGUAGGACAGAGCAAUGACCGGGGUGAUGGUGGCAUAUACAUUGGCUCUAUUAUGAAAGGAGGGGCUGUGGCAGCAGACGGCCGAAUUGAACCAGGAGACAUGCUUCUGCAGGUGAAUGAUGUCAAUUUUGAGAACAUGAGCAAUGAUGAUGCAGUCCGGGUUUUACGGGAAAUAGUCUCCAAACCAGGACCUAUCAGCUUAACAGUAGCCAAAUGCUGGGACCCUACUCCCAGGAGUUAUUUCACCAUCCCCAGGGCUGAACCCGUGAGGCCGAUCGACCCCGCGGCGUGGAUCUCUCAUACCACGGCCAUGACGGGAGCGUACCCCCGUUACGGUAUGAGCCCCUCCAUGAGCAUCACCACAUCUACCAGCUCCUCACUAACAAGCUCAAUUCCCGAUUCGGAAAAAUUAGAAGAAUCUCCCUUAACUGUGAAGAGUGACAUGGCUACUAUUGUCAAGGUUAUGCAGCUGCCAGACUCAGGCCUUGAAAUUCGGGACAGGAUGUGGUUAAAAAUUACCAUCUCCAAUGCAGUGAUAGGAGCAGAUGUGGUUGACUGGCUUUACACACACGUGGAAGGCUUCAAAGACCGGCGGGAGGCAAGGAAGUACGCCAGCAGCAUGUUAAAACAUGGCUACCUCAGGCACACAGUGAACAAGAUCACCUUCUCAGAGCAGUGCUAUUAUGUCUUUGGAGACCUCUGUGGCAAUAUGGCUGCACUGAAUCUUAACAAUGGUUCUAGCGGAGCCUCAGAUCAGGACACCCUUGCUCCACUUCCACAUCCUGCUGCUCCAUGGCCCUUAGGCCAAGGAUACCCAUAUCAGUAUCCUCUGCCCCCUCCGUGUUUUCCACCAGCAUACCAAGACCCAGGCUUUAGCUAUGGUAGUGGCAGUGCAGGGAGCCAGCAAAGUGAAGGAAGCAAAAGCAGCGGCUCGAACCGAAGCACCAGCGAGAACAGCAGGAGGGCGGCGGGCAGGGAGAAGGAGCGCAAGUCGGCCGGCAGCGGCAGCGAGUCCGACCACACGGCCCGCAGCGGCGCCAGCCUCGUGCGGCGGGACCGGCCCCUCAGCCAGCUCAGCCACCGCAGCCACGUCUCUGCCACCCACAGCGAGAGGAGCCACCACAGCCACCAUUCCUACGGUCCCCCAGGAGUCCCACCCCUCUACAGUCUCCCCAAGCUGGGCUCCAAAGUCUACGGGACGAGCGGACCCCCGGGAGGACCCCCCGUGAGGGAACUGAGCUCUGUUCCGCCGGAGCUGACGGGGAGCCGGCAGUCCUUCCAGAAGGCUAUGGGCAACCCUUGUGAAUUCUUUGUCGACAUCAUGUGAGAGGAAAGUGCCUUCAGACUCUUGCUUGGGGGAGGGCGGGGGGUUGUUUUGGGCAACGUGGUCAUUGUCGAACACUUAAUGGAAGAAACUUUCGGCUGUCUUGCAUGUCACGCCUCUCUGGUUUGCGAUUGUGUUGGCAGAGAAAUCAACAAAACAAAAAAACACACAAAAACCCAGCAAACCUCUCCCACAAAAACCAACCCAAAACAUAUAAUCUCCUGGGACUGUUAAAUAUCAGCAAAUUGAUGGCAUCUUUUCUUCAUCCUUUCCCCCCCACCCCCGCCCCCUUCUUGUUUUUGAUUGUGAAUGGCUGGUGUAUCUUCACAUCUUAAUGAGCUUCGGUGAUUGUGGCACCUACUUCACUGCAAUUAGUGUAUCUUUUGGGCUGAUUCAAGGACUAUUCUUUCACAUGACUUCUAAAGUUCCAGUAAUGCAUAGUAGCACUUUUAUUUUCCCCUGCUUUUUCUCUUAGAAGGAAAAAAAGGAGCACUGGCUGGUAUCUGUGAUACUGCCCUUUACUGCUGUGUCUUGGAUGCAUCAACCAGCAUGGCAGCACCAGCGGACAGACAACACCUGCUUGGCAAGGAGCAGGCUCAACCCAAUUCCUAUCUGAAGGCAAAGUUGCAGCUACCUUCUUCUGCUCAGUAGGGAGUACAAGUCAAUCUUUAUAUUUUAUUUUUAGAUAUUAUUCUAGCAAGGGAGUGGUGGAGCCUUGCUACUGAGUGUGUUCGUUGUGCAGAGCUUGUUACUUCAUGUAGUAUCAUGGUAGUGACUUUGUAGCUGCAGUCUGCUCCUGGGCUUUUCAGUCACACCCCUGCUGACAGCUCUGCCUGUUCUGGCUAUAGUGCACACUUCCUUAUAGGUUUUAAAAGUUGUUUCCACAGAAAUAGGACAGUUCCUGCUAUGUGAUUUCCCUUAGUGUAGCUGCAGCUUUUCCCUUCUGAAGGAAUAUUUAUCCCACCCCAUCAGACACAGGUAAAUCCUGGCUCCCUCUGGACAUUCUGAUCACCUCUUUUUCCACUUUUAAUUUCUGAGCAGUAUCUUUUUAUUUUUCUUUUUUUCUUUUCUUUUUUUUUUUUUUAAACAGAAACCUGGAGAUGUCUAAUCCCAGUGGCAGUGUUACCCAAGGGAACAUGUUCUGAACACAGGUGGGAGCUGGCUUUUAGCAGAGAGGUGAGAGGGUGUUUUGAGAACAGGUCAGAAAUGGUACAAUGAGUGAAUCUCUACCUGACACAGAGUGAGGCCCAUGCUAAGGCUCCUGCUGGGGGGCUUUGAAUUAAGCAACUGCUGUUGUCUGUUCCCAAGAUUUCAUUACUGUAUUUUUUGCUCUAAGGCUAUGGACACUUUGAUAAAGUGUGGUCAGGAACCUUCACUGACCUUUAAGAAGCUUUUAUAAAAGUAUCUAGAUGGGGGUGUGGUAAGAGCACACCCACACUCUGUUGGGGUGGCUCAUUUCAUAGGAAAAAUGCAUUCAGCUGCAGUCACUUGGUGGCAUUGACCAUGGGGCCAUGCCUCAGCAGAACCCUCCCUUGUGAGAUACCUGCUUCUGGCAGGUUUUAGGACAGGUGCUUUAAAAUCACUCUUUUUUUGUUUAUAAGCAUUUUCUUCACUGGUAAGAAGCUUCUCUUUGGUAUGUUCCAUGCUUGUGGGUAGUGUGAAUAUCCAACAUGAAUGUCAAAAGAGAAUGUCUUUCUGACUAUAUACGUUGUAGUUUCACCUUCCUUUGUCACCCUGAAAAAUUGCUCUUCAAACUGUCCAUUAUUUAUGUUCAUUCUGAUAGAUUUUUCACUUCUUUUCUUACUGCAGGUCAGUGUGUAAACACAUCCCUUUUACACAAGGCAGAGUAACAUUUUGUGUCAAUUGGAGACUUAAGUCUCACUUGGAGAAGGGAGCCAGGCAUUGAGCAAGCUGUGUGUCACUGACUAGGUACUUCAGUUCCUGGGCUUCUAAACUGGCUUUGAACAGGUGUUUUUUUCCCAAAAAAGUCUCCUGAAGAGCUACAUAAUGUUUCUGAAAGUGGUGCAUCCAUCUGAUGGGCUGGCACAGAAUGCAAAGCUGGUGAUGGCUUGCUCAAAAUAACAGCACUACCUAAAGCCUGACUGUGCAGAGUAUCCUUUCUUUUUUUCCUUUCCUCCUCCUGGGAACACAGCAAAGAUGCUAACUCAACUCAGCAAAGUAUUUUGGAAGAUUGACAUUUAAAGCAAUGAAAGAAAUCAGGGUAAAGUAAUUCUGCUACGUCUCCAGGAGACACUGGUAAGGAGUCUGUGACUUUACUGACAAUCACUAGUGGUUCUACUUUUAAAUUAAUUUUAAUUUCUCUGGACUCUUAUAUAUUACAAUUUUUCUGGCCCACUUUGUCUUAAGGCAGAACUUGCAGGGCUGGAGCAAAAGACUGUCAUUUUCAUAAGAUACUUUGAAAAGGGAUUAAAGCUGGGGGCUGAGCUUUCACCCACGGAAGGAACAUGUUCCUCCUGUCUUUUCAAGAGUUCCCAUUUACACACCUGCUGGGUUUUUUUGUCUUGGUGUUAAACGCUGUUGGCAGAAACUGUUCUGUGUCUUUGCUGGUCUUUGCUGCUAUGUUGAAAUGACUGUGUUAUAUACUUGUGUGUUUGUGGGUAACUGGAGUGAGGCUGACAGUCCAGAACAUCCACGUGGGCAAGUGUCUGUCUGCUGAGGAAAUCCAGCUGCUAAACCCAGCCUGGAUUAGCUUCACCCACAACUGGGCAUCCAGUUCAGGCAAAUCAUGAGUGCUCUGGAGGCACUGACAGCUGUGCUGGGUGGUUAAUAGUGUAGAGCUUGGAGAACCUGCUGCUACAGAGAGAGAAGAAUGUAAAUGACCCUUCUGUGACCAGUGCAAUACAUAAUGGCCACUGUCUGUAGAGCAAAAGCUGAAUUUCCCCACUUUGUAGUGUGCAGUGGAGAGGCUGGUUGGAAUGAAUGGGAAGUUAGGCCUGGAACUUUGCUAGCUCUUCAUUUUCAGAGGUGAAUGAAGACAGGAGAUUUCCCACAUCCCAUCCUUGGCUUUCAAUGCCUGUGCAUGUGUCUGUGCAACAAGGGGCCUUGGGGGCCAACUGUGAGCUUCUCCCAUGUGGUAGGGUAGAACCUGCAGAAGGAAAUGCCACUGAUGCCAGUGAAGCUAACCAGAAUAGGAGGUGCUGUGCCAGGUGGAAGAAAAUAUGAAGGCUGGAGUCCUGCAAAACUGUUUGUUUCUCUCACCUGAAAUGUUUAUCUGAUUUUAAUGUCAAGUAACUGGCACUGGCUGGGCUCUAGAGAGCAGGACCUGUGCCUCUAAUGAUGAUGAGAAGUUAUGGGUUUGCUACAUGGGGCAUUGAAACAACCUCAUAACAGGAGCCUUAAAUAGUUGACAUUUUUAUUCUGGAAGUGACACCCUCAGUUACCUGCCUGUGCUCUGCAGCUGAGCUUCAGAUUCACACACACCUGCCCACACCUUUUAACAGGGACUAACAGGGAUGUUUGGAAGAUCACAGAAAAUGGUAAUAAAGCAGUUUGGGAUGAUGUCUCCUACCCAAAGGAGGCAGUAUCUGCAGGGGCUCUGUACCCACCCAGCAUAUUGAUUCGGAGCAGUUAAGGGUUUUGGCAAAUAGUCUUAAAAGCACUGCUGUUGUCUUUUACCUCCUGUUAAUAAAUCUCCUUUUCAAAGGUAACAGUCCCCUGGACACUUUAGCCAAAGGCAUAUUGGAUGGCAAGCAAUGAUGCACAGACGUUGACUUUUGCUGUUAUUUUUGCUCUGCUCAAAUGGGCAGUCCCUUCUUGAGACUCGACAGCUCAUGAGUUGAUGUAAUUGUUUUUGUUUUGCAUUUAACUGGAUUGUAAUAAGAUUGACUUAAAAUUAUUAAUUCUAAUCAGUGAUUAGAAAGACAUGUAAAGAAUUUUAUGUACAGUAGAGGAACAAAGUUACAUGAUUUUAAAUAAUGAAAACCCAGACUAUCACCUAUUCUAGAAUUGGUUCUACUCCAAGAGUGACCUCUUACUAGCAUGGACUGCACUGUUCCUGUUAAAUGUCUAUUGCAUAAUUGAAUUCUUUUUUGUAGAUACUGUAUUAAAACCCAAGUGUCUGUAUAGUUAAUAUAUAGCUGCUUAUGUGUAAAUGCUAUUUUAAACACUAAAAAGCUUUUAAUUUUAUGUGAUAA